AUGCUCGACGUGAUUGUGGUCGGAGCUGGAUUCAGUGGUCUUCAGGCUGCAUAUUCAGCCAAGAAAGCUGGGCUUUCGGUUGCAGUUGUUGAGGCGCGUGACCGUGUCGGGGGAAAGAUCUGGAGUGCACCCUUGGCUUCAGGACGCGGCUUCGCAGAGCUCGGCGGAGCUUGGAUCAAUGACACCCUCCAACCACGUGUGUGGUCUUAUGUGCAGCAGUUUGGACUCAAGGUCGUCAAGCAGCGUCUGGAAGGAACUGCUAUCAUGCAAGAAAGUGAGACCGAUCGCUUCGAGUUCCCUUUCGGGGUGACACCAGAAUUUACUCCAGAGGAAAAGAAGAAUCUAGAAAUGAUCCGCGACCACUUCCAAGCAGAAUCCUUGAAACCGGGCCUUCCAUCCACCGAGAUUGAUAAUAUGACCCUGGAUCAGCACGUUCGCGCCCUUGGUGCGCUUCCAAAAAUCGCGAAGAUGGUCAACAUGUGGUCACAAGUCAUGCAUGGCUUGGAGUCUACUGAAGAGUCCGCUGCAUGGUUCAUUGAUUACUGCCGCCGGAAUAAAGGGUUCCUUGCGAUCCGAGCCGACGACUCGACUGGUGGUCAAUAUCUGAGAUUCCAAGAUGGGGCACAGUCUGUUGCUCAUGAGAUUGCCAAGCUGGUGGGCAUCGAGAACAUACAUCUCGCAUCUCCAGUACAUUCAAUCAAAGAUCACGGCUCGCAUACCGUCGUGGUCACACGAAAUCACGAGGUAUUCCAAGCCAAAAAGUGCAUUUUGUCAGUUCCCAGCACUAUGUACAAGGAGUUUGACAUCAGUCCCCCUUUGCCACCAGACGUCCAGGAAGUGACGAAUGGCACGGUACUAGGUGACUACAACAAGCUUAUUGUGUGUUAUGACACACCGUGGUGGCGCGAUGAAGGAUUCAACGGAUACUUCGCAAGCUACGCAGGUCCAAUCACGCUUGGUCGAGACACCAGUGUCGACGAAAAGGGUCAUUAUUCAUUGACAUGCUUUGUUAAUGGCUUGCCUGGGCGAGAAUGGAGCAAGCUUCCUCCUCAUGAACGUCGCGCAGCUGGGCUGAAGCAACUGUCGAAAGUCUUUAAGAAUAACCCUGAAGUUUUCCGACCAAUUGAGGUAUUCGAGCAGAUCUGGCAACAUGAAGAGUUCAGCAGAGGUGCCCUCGCGCCUGUACACUCCCUUGGCCAUCUCACCAAGUUUGCAUCGAUCUACGGACGGCCUGUGGGGAAUCUGCAUUUUGUCGGCACUGAGUACAGUACUGAGUGGAAAGGAUACAUGGAGGGUGCGCUCUGCUCUGGAGAGGACGGGGCACAGCAAGUAGUUAAGGCAUUGCGAAGCAUGCCUGUCAAACUAUAG